AUGGCCACUCUUAAACUAGCUCUCCUUUUGGUCGCCUUGAUUUACGGUGUUCAAUCCCGAACAAUCACAAUCUAUAACAAAUGUCCAAUGACAAUUUGGCCAGGAAUCCUUGGCCCCGGAAAUCCAUCAGGCGGUGGUUUCCGAUUGGAUUCCGGUCAAUCGAGAAAUAUCGAUGUUGAUGAUGCAUGGACUGCUGGAAGAGUUUGGGCUAGAACUGGAUGCGAUUCGAAUUUCAAUUGCGAGACUGGUUUCUGUAGAAAUAGUGAACAAUGUAAUGGAGCUGGAGGUGUUCCACCAGCAUCGUUGGCUGAAUUCACUUUGAAAGCUUGGGGAGGACAAGAUUUUUAUGAUGUUUCGUUGGUUGAUGGAUACAAUCUUCCAGUUUUAAUUGAUCCACAUGGUGGAAAUGGUGAGGAAUAUUUAAAUAUUUUUGUAAAAAACAAAAAAUUAAGUAGAAGAGAAAGUUCGCUCUAUCGCACACGUUCUUAAAUUGUGUGUACUUCUCUCGGAGUACACACCCAAACAUUUAUCGAUUAUUCCACGUAUUUUUUUGGCCCUCGGUUCGCGGUUGGUAUACUGUAUUGACUUGUGCAAACACGGUGACGCACAAAUGCACAAAAAUCUCUCGCGUCUCUCCAAUUUGCGCGCUAUUUUUCGAAAUUGGUCUCGCCACGAACCCCAAAGCUUAUUUCCAUGCAGUUUUUCACGGCGAUAAAGAUGGUGUACUCAGAUUUUCAUUUGGUGUAGCCGUUCUUGAGAUUUUGGUGGAAAAUUAAAGCAUGUCCCUUUAAACAGCGAACCGAGGAUUUUUUGUUCAGCAAAAAAAUACGUGAUCAUGCUAAAACCUCUAAACUAGGCGAGCAAAUUCGCUCUAUCGCACACAUUUGUGUGUACUUCUCUCGGAGUACACAGGCAAACGCGCUCUAGCGAACACGUUUGAAUUGUUUUUCAGCGGAAAAAAUUUCUUUACUUUCUCUUUCUUAUUCAACAAUUUUCAGCGUUUUUCUCUGAAAAUUCAAAAAAAUUCAUGGUUUCGCGUUGAAACCUUCCCCGCUAUCCACCUUUCAUAACGAAAAUCUUAUAUUUCAGGCUGCAAAAGAUCGGGAGGUUGCAACAAAGACAUCAACUCUGAAUGCCCAGCCGCUUUGUCUGUCAAAGGACACAGUGGAAACACAGUUGCCUGCAAAUCGGGAUGUCUCGGAUACAACACUGAUCAAGAAUGUUGCCGUGGUGCUUAUGGAACUCCAGACAAAUGUCAUCGAAGUGCAACCGCUCAAAUGUUCAAAGAUGCUUGUCCAACCGCUUAUUCUUAUGCUUACGAUGAUGGUUCAUCAACUUUCACAUGUCAAGCAACCGCUUCGUACACCGUGCAAUUCUGUUAA